UAGAAACUGUGAUGAACGGCAGCUUCCCACCAUCAGCAGAACAGAAAAGGUCAGUAUUUGUGUCAUAAUGCAGCUCUGCUCAGAUAUUUUCAUCCACCAUCUCAGGCACGAAUGUCAUUAAUUUUAUGCUUUUGAUUAAUUAAAUAAAACAGGUUUUUCCCCCAGGGUUUGAAAUAAGACAUAGGCGCACAAGUUUAAAUGUAUACAUUUUUAGCUCAAAUUUAUACAUACACCCCGGACCCAUAGAGGCCCAGACAUGUCCUUAACUGGGCACUGCUGGAUCACUAGUGUGAUUUUAAAAGAUUGAGCCAUGAUGACAAAGAGUAUGUUUGGAGGAUUCAAGGUGUCAAGCACGGUGGUGGCUGCAUUAUGCUGUUCACAAAGUAGCUGGAAUAUUGGAGAACUUGAAAUUUCCUUAGCGUCAACUCAAAUGAACAGCAGUCACUGGCAGGAAGCUCUACCGGUACUUUAAGGAGAGCUGGUAAAUAUCUAGCCAGGAUGAUGACUGAUAAAAGUGUUAUAUUGAGGGUGUAUGUAUAAUGCUGACUGGAGGAUGAGCAAAAAAAAAUCAAAUACAUUUCUUUUAAAAUCCAUUGCAGUUGCAAGGAAAUCCUUCCUCCUUGAUAAAGCAACAUUUCAAAUAAAUUCUUCAUCAAAAGGAAGAGCAGUGAUGGCAAAGACAUAAAUGGACGGUUUAUACUCUGAUUUAUCCAGUGAGGAGGAGAACGUUGAAAGGCAGAAGCUUGGAGACCUAACGGAUUGGAACCCUCCCCAGAGAUCUAAAAGCCUUCUGUGGAGACCCCAGUCUGUCUGUUGUUCACCACAGUAAAUCAAAGCAUAUGCAUGGCCCAGUCAAAGUUCUGACCUAAAUCCAACUGAGAAUCUGUGGUGAGACUUGGGAGUUUUAGUUCAGGAAGUUUUCAGUAUUCAGUUUGCAGCUGUUAUGAAGUUUAAAAAUGGCUCCAGAAAAUGUUGACCCCGUUGGGGCCAUUGUGCUUUAAAUGAAUGGUCUUAUUCCUUGUUUAACCUUUAAACCUUAGAUUACGGGGCAUCCUAAUUAGUUUAAUUAAUUCAAUAACUCAUUAAUUUAUUAACUGUGCUGUGUUAAAAGUUUGCUAAUUUGAAGCUCAUUUGUUUAGUUUUUAUAAACGAUAAAUUAUCAAGUCCCCAGAGACCCCACAGCACUUCUACAAUCAGUCAUCCACAUUCACACACUGACAGUGGUGAGCUACCUUCUAGCCACAGCUGCCCUGGGACAGGCUGACAGAAGUGAGGCUGCCAUACAAUCGGCGCCACCUGGCCUUCUGACCACCAGCAGCAGGCAAGACGGGUGUAAUGCCUUGCCCAAGGACACAACGACUGAGACCCACCGGUUACGAAUCCCUACCGUCGCCCAGGUGGUAAGGAUUUUUAUAUUUGAUUAACUCCUUUUACUUUGAAAUAGAAACUUUAUCCGGAAGUGACGCAACUGCUAAGGAAAAAUACCGUGCGUCUCUUCUUUGUAGUCUCAGACUUCUUUUGUAGUCCAAACUCGCCGUGUGGUUCUCUCGGUCAUCUCGGAGGGUUUCUGAGGUCGACUUUGGUUCGUGUGUUCGGUUAGGAGCUGCUUCUGUUUGGUCCCGGUUCUGUUGGAGCUUCAGGAUGUCGGUUCUGGGCAGCAAAGGGCUCCAGGAGCAGCUGUCCGUCAUCCUGGAGGCGCUGACCAAGGCGGCGCUGGUGGAGAUCUGCGAGCUGGUGGAGGAGGGCUACUCGGUGCUCCAGCUGGAGAUCAGCCGGAGCCACAAGGAGAACCAGGACCUGAGGAAGAAGCUGCACCUCAUCGAGUCCAUCGUGGUCCGGGGCGGCAGCAGCAGCGACGGCGGAGAGAUCCAGGCGGCGGCUCCACAGGAAGAAACCGGGACAACAGAGGCUACUGUCCGGCUGGAAACAUCUCAUAGACAGCGGGACAGAGAGCGGGGAGAAGCUGCUUCUGGAUCCGGAGGAGCCGCUGGGGUGGAGCGGGAGGAGGUUCCAGAUGUGGUCCUGAUUAAAGAUGAAGACUCAGACGGUUACGACAGCAUAGAGGAUGGAGACAGGAAGAAACAUGAAGGAGCAGCGGCAGCCAUCAGCGAAGGUGUUCCCUCGACUCCGAUCGUCCGGAGGAGGCGGCGCCGCAGUCGGGUGUAUGAAGAUGCCGAGACAUCGUCCUCUGAGCAGCUGGCGCUGAAAACAUCCAAACUGGCUGCAGGGUCGCAGAAGAACGUGCCCGUCUACAGUCUGGACUCCCCUCGCAGCGAACCGAGCUGCUCGGCUCAGCUCCUGGACGACGUCCAGAUGAAGGUCGGUGACCCAGUUUGUUCCUACCCAGGUCAGAUGGACCCAGAUGUCCAACUGGUUCAGGAUUGCUCCCUGGUUCCUCCAGGCCCCAGCAGGCAAGUGUUUUUCAGUAGCAGUGCUCUGAUGGAGGCCCAGUCCCCGUCGAACAGGGCCGACCUGGACCUGAACCUAGACCCGGGUUGGACCAAACAGCCCAAAGGCUCCAUGAGUUUCGCUCAGUUCUGUCAAAAUGAGAGCAUGGACAGCAACACAUUUGGGCUGAAGCUGGUCAGCAUCUCUGGCUCCACCUCCACGGACAGCAGGAGCUCCACCUACGACUAUGAAAACGGCGCCAACGUGCUGAACUUCGGUCUGUACGGUGACCCGUCGGGCCAGUCCCAGCUCUCCAUGGGGGAUCCGGACGACGACCCUCAGAGGAAGCGCUUCGUCUGCUCCAUCUGCAGCAAGACGUACGCCACGGCCCAGAACCUGGAGGUCCACACACGGAUCCACACCGGCGAGAGGCCUUUCGCCUGCGACCAGUGUGGCAAAAAGUUCACCCAGUCGGCUCACCUGAGGUCACACCUGAACGUGCACACGGGCGAGCGUCCGUACGGCUGCACGCUCUGCUCCAGGAGCUUCAUCGUCAAGUACAGCCUCAAGCUGCACAUGAAGAAGUGCCACCCGAAUAACUGAGCCCAUACGGGUCACUCCAGAAUUUAUUUCAACGCUUUUACUGUUCUUCAACACAAUAUUACAAACUGUAGAUGUUUUGCCUUCUGCAUUUUUGUGCGAAAUCCGACUUUUAAACAUGAAUUUCGGGUUUCAUGAAGAUGUGUAACGGUUUCAUAAAUAAUUAAAAAAUAUUACAGUUUUUACUAUUUGAAUGAAAUGGAAAUGAACUAAUUCAAAUAAUCCAUGUCACACAAAAAUGUGAGAAAAUGACAAAUAGCUGUUUAAUUCAUGAAGCUACCUGAGACAUUAGAGGUGUUUAGGCCUGGUCCUGAAGAGAAAAUGUGUGAUCAGUGAACAGCAGCUGCGUCUGGAACUUUUAUUGCCAUUUUAUUCUAUAGUUGCAGAAGUUUUAAAGAGAUGGUUCUAACUAGUUCAUCAUCCUUCUGAUGGAAAUGAAAUGAAGAACAUUCAGGAGAACCCUGAGCAUCCUCUUCAUGAGACUGUGGUACAACAACAGAGCAUCUUCAGUCAGAGGCUUCUUCGGAUCUGCUGUAAGACGGAGCACUACAGGAGAUCCUUCCUGCCCACAGCCAUCAGCAUCUACAACGGCUCUUUGAAGGAACCUGCAUCAAAUCAGCUACAGCAUUUAAUUUCCCUUUGGGAUGAAUAAAGUUUUUUAGAAUUGAAUUGAAAUGAAAUGAAUUGAAUUAAAUGAGAUGAGAUGCAUGGUGUCCCUGCAGUCCACUGGAAUAAAACAUGUUUCCAGUGAUUUGGUCCUGAAAUACUAAAACACAUCUAUAGAAACA